AAAGCCUUGUUGGGCGUUUAUAAAUUUGAUUAUUUGAACUUGAACUAAUACAGUUGAAAACAAUUUCAUGAAAUUCUGAAUACUGGGAGAAUUUGCAUUAAAAUUUACUAAAUUUAUGUUUUUCUUAGAUGGACAAUCCGAUUGUUCACAAUUUGUUUUCUGAUGAGUACAAUGAAGACUUUGAUCUCAUUCAAAUUAACGCCACAGUGGUUUCAUAUGAGAACUGCUUUAACCUUGACUUUGUUCACAAUUUGUUUACUAAUGGGUACGAUGAAGACUUUGAUCCCAUGCAAAUUAAUGCCACAGUGGCUUCGGCUUCAUAUGAGAACUGCUAUGACCUUGACUUUGUUCAUCUGGAACACACAAUACCAAUCCUUGGUGACAUACCUUCUCAACUGCCACAACCACCACAACCACAGCCACCACACAUGAACCCCUCUCCCUUUGACAUUUACACCAUCCCGGUGUAAAUUAAAAGGAACACGAGUUCCUUGCAUUACAUUUAAAAAGCAAAUUUAGCUUUAAUCUACCCGAGCACGUCCCAACAAUUAAAAUAAAUGAGUGCACAUAUCCGAACUUUUAUAAAGAAUCACCCUUUCAGUAUGCAUCUAAUUUGAAGCCCGGAGAGUCCAUUGUACUCUAUAUCCCCAUCUCCGAUCCCAGAGCUAAAGAUAAAGGGAACUGACGUUGUGGGAAGAGGAGAUUUCUCUAUACAGACCUCACAAAUGCUAGUUGGCUAAGGCACCUGAGGUUAGGGCUAGGGGAUUCCCUGCCGGCCACCUUAGUGGUCCCGGAUCUGCGUGGUCCCUUAGUCUGUGGCCUAACCUUCUAGGACUGGCCUCUGUAUUAUCCUUCUAGUAUGCUUAGUUACUGUAUGAGUUGUUUUUUACCAUGUCUUCUAGUAUGGUAUCCUUCCCUUCAAUGUUAAAUCUGAUUUUGAUAUCUGGAAAAAGAAAAUGAAUGUGUACUUAUUCAACAAAAAGUGUAUAGGGCAGUCACUGGUCAGUUUUUAGAGUCCAAGGAUAAACCCAAGCAAAUUGAAAUGAAUGAAGCUACUUGUUCCACCAUCUACUUGAAUCUAUCUGUUUCAGUUCUUAGAAAAGUAGGAAUCCUAGAGUCCGCAUUAUACACUGAGACCUACUUAUCGGGAAAAUUAUUUUUACUGGAAAAAUUCUUUAGAUUUACGCUUGACCUAACUAAGUAUAUUGAGGAAAACCUGGUAAUUUUUCAUAAGUUGAUUCAAAAUAUCAAACAGGCUUGGGAUAAAUAUAUAGAUGACUACGCUCCCAUUGUUUUACUCAAUGCUAUCUUUGAUUCCUUCAAUGAUGUUAAGUCAGCCAUUAAAUAUGGGAGGGAUGGGAUCACCCUAGAUAUUGUAAUUAAUGGUCUAAAAAGCAAAGAGCUUGACUUAAAACACUGUAGGGGGCAUACUAAUCACUCUAAAGAGUCUGGUGAGGCCUUUUGUGUUAGGGGCAGAUCUAAGAGUAGGUCUAGGUACCCUAGGAAGGAUAACCAAGAUAACCCAGGUCACUUCAUAAAAGAUUGCCCUGUACCGUCACAGCCACCACAUUAUCCCAUGAACCCCUCUCUCUUUGAAAUUUACAAGCACAUUCCCGGUGUGAAUGAGAAAGUGCACGAGUUACUCACAUUACGUUUAAAAAUCAAAUUCUUUGCCUCAGAUCUAUCCGAGCACGUCCCAAAAAUUAGAAUCAAUGAGUGUAUAUUUUCGGACUUUUAUAAAGAAUCACUCUUUCGGUAUGCAUUUAAUUUGAAGGCUGAAGAGUCCAUUUUAGUCUAUAUCCCAAAUCCCAAAGCUAAAGAUAGAGAGAACUGGCGUUGUGAGAGGAGGAAAUAUCUCUAUACAGACCUUACACAUGCCAUUUGGAUGCACAUGCGAGGUCACUUCAAAAUACCGCAUGAUAGAGUACACAUGCCACAGGAUGUCCUGCACCUGGUGAACAAAACAGUGAGUGGCCAUAUUUUAUUUUUUAAUCUAUUGUUUCGGUGUGUAGAUCAUUGGCUUAUUUGUGUGAUCUAAUUGUUAUUUUGGUUAACACUGAUUGCUUGUUAAUUUUUGUACAGAGGCUAGGCCGGUUAUACUGUGUAGCUUCAUAGCGGUUGGUGAACAUUUAUUAGGAGCUUCUUAAAACAGCAAAUUGCACCCCUAUUUCUGCAGAAUCACCUUCUGCCAUUCAGCAAGUCACUGCUCUUUAAUUUCCACAAUUAUAUCAGCAGAACACUCUUUCCGAUUCACAUGCAUCUUUUGUGCUCGUUUUGUCGGUCAUAGCAAGAUCUGGUCAGAUGGCAGAGCUAGAUGCUUGCAGGAGUGAGGUCUUGGGAAGAUCUGCAAGCGUAAACCAGAGAAGAGUUCGUUCUUAUUUAACGUCAUUGUGUUGGCACUCGGCAGUGCACAUGCUAUCUGUGUGCAGAGGAGAGCUUUGUCCAUGAGUGUAUGAGGGCUACUGAAGAGAUGUAUUCUGUAUUAAGAUCGAGAGAAAAAAUCUGCGUGUGCAUUUUGCUAGGAAGGCUUACAAAGGCAGCGAUAAUCAGUCGGUUCAGAGCCAUCGUCGCAAAUUCUUGACCCGUGUGGAAUUUAAGAAGAUGAGGAAAGCUGCAACCCCAGAAUGUGCUUGGUGGGCAAGAGCUGCUCGCAAAGAACUUUGAAACCUGAAGCUGCAAAUAUGGAUGAACUGGAAGAAGGGCACUUCUGAAUGACAAAAACAGAACUGGGAAACAUCCAGUGCGUCACCUGCUGUAAUAUUUCAAAAUCCUGGUAACAGAGCAGUGAAACUACCGGUUGAAUGACAGAAUGAUGAUUUGGAAGAGGCGAAAAUACAAGAUAAAGCAAAGCUACAUUCUGAUUUGCAAGAGCUGCAAGCCAGAUUCAAGGAGACCAAAGACAUGCUUGUUCCGGAGCGUGAAUCUGCAAAGGCAGCAGAGGAAGUCCCAAUCAUACAGGAAGUCCCUGUCACUGAGCAUGCCAAGAUCAAUAGGCUGACUGGUGAAAAUGAAAAGUCAUGGUUAUGGUUAGCUCUCUAGAAAUGAAGAUUGAAGAAACAGAAAAAAGUUCAAGUGUUAAGCAAACUAAGUGGAGAAGGGUUGAGGCAAUGGAUCGAGGCAGAGCCAAGAUUGUUAAUUUGAAGAGUGCUAUGCAAAGGUCAGAAAAAAGUUGAAGUGUUGGUGAAAUUCUAAACUUUGUAUGACCUGACUCAAAUGCAUUUGAGCGAACUUCAACUAUUAAUGCUAAAAUGUCAUUUAUGUGUAUCAUUAAUCAUCCUUUUAAGACCAGGCUUAAAGAGAGUUUUUUACAUUGAAUAUGCGGAAAAAAAUCUUCUAUUGCAGUC